CUCCGGCCCGCCCCUCCCCGCCCCGCCGCGCAGGGCUGCGGGCGGGCGCGCUGUCCCCGUCGGGGCGGGGGGCUGAUUGGCUGGACUGGGCUCGGCACAUGCCGGGCAAAAAGCUUUGUCUGGGGAGUUAGAGCGAAGUUGCGGAGGAUUUGAGGCUGGAGUCGGCGAGCGAGGGUGUUUAGUCUGGCGGCGAGCGGGGAGAGGGAAGGGAAAGGAAGGGAAGAGGAGCUCCGCGGGCGGCCGGGCUGCGGAUCCCGCGGGCUGCCCGGCGGCCCCUGGAUGCUCCGGCGGGAGCGGAGCGCGCUGCCCUGCCGCAUUUCGUCCUGCAAGAGGAGCGGGGAGUCAAAUGAGAAAAGCGUGGAUUGCCUACGGCUUGUACCUGGAUGUCCCGGCACGGUGUGUAUAAAAAACCCCAAAAGUUUUCUGAUCUGGUAAGAUAUUAAGACUUGGCUGGCUAGAAAAGGCGUUUUCAAGUUUUAAGAGGACCAGACGUGCGCCGGGUUUAAGGUACCACAGGAAGGCGAAAUAAUUGCUUUUUAACUUGCUUGGAGAAAUGAAUUGCAAAAACUUACAAAUGCACCGAAUCGGCGGUAAAAUGCACUUUGUAUUCAUUUUUGCACUGAUGAUAGUAUCUUUCAAUAAGGCUGUGCUGGGCAAGAAUUUGAAAUACAGGAUUUAUGAGGAGCAGAGAGUUGGAUCGGUAAUUGCAAGACUGUCGGAGGAUGUAGCCGAUGUUUUAUUAAACCCUUCCUCGGUUCGCUUUCGAGCCAUGCAGAGGGGGAAUUCCCCCCUGCUUGUAGUCCGUGAGGAUAAUGGAGAAAUCAGCAUAGGAGCUAAAAUUGACCGGGAACAACUCUGCCAGAAAAACUUAAACUGCUCCAUAGAGUUUGACGUGAUCACUCUGCCCACUGAACAUCUGCAGCUUUUCCAUGUUGAAGUCGAAGUGCUGGAUAUUAAUGACAACUCUCCCCAGUUUUCCAGAGCUCUUAUCCCUAUCGAAAUAUCAGAGAGCGCAGCUGUAGGGACCCGGAUCCCUUUGGACAGCGCUUUCGAUCCAGACGUAGGGGACAACUCCCUUCACACUUAUUCCCUUUCUGCUAAUGAUUUUUUUAGUAUUGAGGUGAGAACCAGGACGGAUGGUGCUAAGUAUGCAGAGCUGGUUGUGGUUAGAGAGCUGGACCGGGAGUUGAAGUCAAGUUACGAACUCCAACUCACUGCUUCAGAUAAGGGGGUGCCUCAGAGGUCUGGGUCAUCCCUCCUGAAAAUAAGCAUUUCUGAUUCCAAUGACAACAGCCCUGUUUUCGAGCAGCAGUCCUAUAUAAUCCAACUCUUAGAAAAUUCACCCAUUGGGACUUUGCUCAUAGACCUCAAUGCUACUGAUCCAGAUGAGGGCGCUAAUGGUAAAGUUGUGUACUCUUUUAGUAGUCAUGUGUCUGCCAAAAUUAUAGAGACUUUUAAGAUAGAUUCAGAAAAAGGGCAUCUGACCCUCCUGAAGCAAGUGGACUAUGAAGUAACCAAAUCCUAUGAAAUUGAUGCUCAGGCUCAAGAUUUGGGGCCAAAUUCUAUUCCAGCUCAUUGCAAAAUUAUAAUUAAAGUUGUGGAUGUGAAUGACAACAGACCUGAAAUUAACUUAAACCUGAUGUCCCCAGAGAAAGAAGAGAUAGCUUACAUUUCUGAAGGGUCGCCCCUAGACACUUUUGUUGCCCUGGUCAGAGUGCAAGACAGGGACUCUGGCAUGAAUGGAGAGAUAGUUUGCAGGCUCCAUGGUCAUGGCCACUUUAAACUUCAAAAGACUUAUGAAAAUAACUAUUUGAUCUUGACUAACGCCACUCUAGACAGGGAAAAGAGAGCUGAAUACAGCUUGACUGUAAUAGCAGAGGACAAGGGAACGCCAAGUCUCUCCACAGUGAAACACUUUACUGUCCAAAUCAGUGAUGAAAAUGACAACCCACCCCGCUUCCAGACAAACAGAUAUGAGGUUGUUAUCUUGGAAAAUAACUCUCCGGGAGCAUAUAUCACAUCAGUCACAGCCACAGACCCAGAUCUAGGUGACAACGGGCAGGUGACCUACACUAUUUUGGAGAGCUAUAUUUUGGGAAGUUCUAUAACCACCUAUGUGACCAUCGAUCCCUCCAACGGGGCAAUCUAUGCCCUGCGAACCUUUGAUCAUGAAGAAGUAAAUCAAAUUGCUUUUAUGGUUCAAGCUAGGGAUGGAGGGAUUCAGCAGCUUGUUAGCAAUACCACGGUUGUACUAACAGUCAUUGAUGAAAAUGACAACGCUCCUGUCAUUGUGGGGCCAGCGCUACGCAACAGCACGGCAGAAAUCUCAAUUCCUAAAGAUGCUGGAAUUGGUUUUCUUGUCACCAGGAUAAGGGCUACAGAUAGAGACUCUGGUAUGAACUCUGAACUCAGCUGCUCCAUAGCAGCUGACAAAGAAAACAGCAUCUUUGUGAUGGAUCCCAAAACCUGUGACAUCUCUAUCAAUGUGAGCGUUGAAUCACUUCCAGCAAAACAAUGGGAGUUUUUUGUGAUAGUCCAGGAUAAAGGCAGUCCUCAGCUUAGUACUAAAGCACUUCUGAAAUGUACCGUUUUUGAGUACGUUUAUUCAUUUUCAAGCACAGAAGCAACUUUGGUAAGCCAGCCCUCCCUGGAUGUCUCCAUGAUAACGAUUAUAUCCUUAGGAUCAAUCUGUGCUGUGCUCUUGGUCAUUAUGGUAAUCUUUGCUACAAAAUGUAAUCGAGAGAAAAAGGACACCAGGUCCUACAACUGUCGCGUGGCGGAAUCGACCUACCAGCACCACCCAAAACGACCCUCGAGACAGAUCCACAAAGGGGACAUUACAUUAGUGCCAACGGUUAAUGGCACUUUGCCCAUCAGGUCUCACCACAGAGCUUCUCCGUCAUCAUCUCCGACCCUGGAAAGGGGACAAAUGAGCAGCCGGCAGAGCCACCACAGCCACCAAUCGCUGAACAGCCUGGUGACAAUCUCCUCUAACCACGUGCCCGAAAAUUUCUCCCUGGAACUCACCCACGCUACUCCGGCUGUUGAGCAGGUUUCUCAGCUUCUCUCGAUGCUUCACCAGGGCCAGUACCAACCAAGGCCAAGUUUUCGAGGAAACAAGUAUUCCAGAAGCUACAGGUAUGCCCUGCAGGAUAUGGAUAAAUUCAGCUUGAAGGACAGUGGCCGGGGUGAUAGUGAAGCUGGAGACAGUGAUUAUGAUUUGGGGAGAGAGUCUCCAAUUGACAGACUUCUUGGGGAAGGAUUCAGUGACCUUUUCCUUACAGAUGGGAGAAUUCCUGCAGCAAUGCGGCUGUGCACGGAGGAGUGCAGGGUUCUGGGACACUCCGACCAGUGCUGGAUGCCACCGUUGCCCUCUCCCUCCUCCGAUUACAGAAGUAACAUGUUUGUCCCUGGGGAGGAAUUCCAGUCACCCCAGCAGCAGCUGCAGCUGCAGCAGCAGCAACAGCAGGGCCUCGAGGAAGAGCCACAGCCUGCUGACACCACUGAGAAAAAGAAGAGCUUUUCAACGUUUGGUAAGGACUGCCAGAGUGACGAGGAGUCAGGGGACACCUGUACCUCUUCUCUCCUCUCUGAAAUGAGCAGCGUCUUCCAGCGCCUGCUACCUCCCUCGCUAGAUGCCUACACGGAGUGCAGUGAGAUGGAUCGCUCCAACUCAUUGGAGCGCAGGAAGGGACAUUUGCCAGCCAAGACUGUAAAUUAUCCACAGGGGGUGGCAGCCUGGGCAGCCAGCACACAUUUCCAAAAUCCUGCCAACAAUGGGCCCACUCUGGGGACUCACUCGAGUGCGCAGCCUUCCUCUAAAUGGCUGCCAGCCAUGGAGGAGAUCCCAGAGAAUUACGAAGAAGAUGAUUUUGACAAUGUGCUCAACCACCUCAGUGAUGGUAAACACGAACUCAUGGAUGCCAGCGAGCUGGUGGCAGAAAUUAACAAACUGCUGCAAGAUGUCCGGCAGAACUAAUUGUUUCAAAUGCCUAUUUUUCCAUAUUUAUGGAAAACUGGAAGGGAAAAAAAUAAAGAAUGAAAAACAGACUGAGAAGAACUGGCAUUGCCAACUAGUUGCAUUUAUCAUAAAUGUGUCUGUGUAUGUUGAAUAUUAAAAUACUGUAUUUUCAUAUGUACACAAUGCAAGUGUGAUUAUCUUUAUCUGUAUUUUAAAAAUACAUUUGUACCUUAUAUUUAUGUGUAAUUUAACAAAUAAAUUUUAUUUUUGUACACUCACAGCAAGCAUGUUUUCCUAAAUGUAUAUAGAUGGUACCACCCUUGUCAAACUUCCAGCAUUCUUGCCAUUCAGACAUGUUAAAAAAAAAAAAAAAGGAGGGAUAUUGCUUUCCCUUUUUAUUACUUUUAAGUCUCAAAUGUUACAAAUACGAAUUCAAACCACUGAAAAGUUAUGCAAACAUUAGUUAAAAUAAAUGAUCCAACACCUUGU